AUGGCUGCAGACGACUUCGACGAGCGCUCGCCGCUGCUGGUGCGCACCGCCAGCGGCAGCAGCACAGGUGCCCUUCAAACACACCGCCAGGCUGAUGACGAACUCGACUUUGAUGCCAGGUUCCGACAGUGGAAGGCGGCUGUCGCCCGCAAGUUCCGUGGCAAGGCCCACCGACAGGCCAAGCCCACAGUCCUCAUCACGCACUUCGACGGUCUCGGCCAGGCUCAGCGCAUUCUCGACGCAAAGCGUGCGUCAGCCCUCCGAGACUCUCGUCACGAAGUCACCGCCAUGUCAUCGGCAGAGUUCCAGCACCAGGUAGAGCAGGUCAAGCAUGCCAUCAGCAAGCGCAUCUAUCCCAAGAUGAUCGCCACCGGCUCCAGUGGCUCCUACUUUAUCCGCAUCCUGUCAGAUCCUUCAUAUGAGGCCUCGACCGCAACCACCAAGGCAGCCAGCGAUGCGUCUCAGUCGCAACCGCCUGCCACCACCGUGGUGGCCGUCUUCAAACCAAAGGACGAGGAGCCCUAUGGCAACCUCAACCCAAAGCGACAAUUCUUGCGCAAGUAUCUGUGGUGGGCCAUGGGUCGUCCAUGCCUGAUUCCCAACUUCUCAUACCUUUCCGAAGUCGGUGCCUCGUAUCUCGACUCGCGCCUCGCUCUGCAAAUGGUACCCAGGACCGAACUGGUCCAACUCUCCUCGCCUACUUUCCACUACGCAUACAACGACCGCGUAGCGUACGACGAGCAUCGCGUCCCCUUGCCAGACAAGAUCGGAAGCUACCAGACGUUCCUCAAGGGCUACGUCAAUGCUUCCGACUUUCUGCGCAAGCAUCCCUGGCCGUCUCGCACUCGAAGCAAGACGCUGCUCAUCCGGGACAUGGACGAAGAGAGCCGAGCCCACAAGGUCUCCCGCAGGAAAGAGCGCGCGCGACUGCGCAACUGCGGAGUCGCCAUCAAACGUCUCGUCCUCUGCCGUCCUUCAUGGGAAGAGCUCAAUGGCGAUUCAUUGCCCUCCGCACCUCAUCCGUCCGCAUCUUCGCCAGCACCUGGUACGGAGGUCAGCGCCUUGAACUCUCCCGUUCCCGACGGCGCUCCGACGGAUGGCUUCUCUUGGACGCCCAAACUCAUGGAGCAAUUCCGCCUGCAGCUGGAGCGGCUCGUCGUCCUGGACUUCCUCAUGCGCAACACGGAUCGCGGCCUCGACAAUUUCAUGAUUCGGCACGAUACCGAGAGGGACGAGAUCAAGAUCGGUGCUAUCGAUAACUCGCUCUCGUUCCCGAUCAAGCAUCCCAACGAGAUCCGCCAAUACCCGUUCGGAUGGCUCUUCCUUCCGAGCGACCUCAUCGGGCUGCCCUUCUCCGACGCCACACGCGAGCAUCUGCUUCCUAUCCUCAACGAUCCGACGUGGUGGCAGCACACCACUCGCGGCCUCCGCAAGAUCUUUGAGCAGGAUCCGUACUUUGACCAGGCCAAGUUCGACAAGCAGAUGAGUGUCAUGCGUGGCCAGGGCUGGACCCUGGUCCAAAGUCUCCGCGCUGCCGACGAAGGUCCCCUCGACCUGUGUGCUCGCGAAAAGAAGCUCAUCCGGCAGGAGGUGCAAGAAGUCUCCGAAGACCGGCUCGAGAAGAUCGAGGGCUUCAAGGCGGCCAUCGAUUCCGAAGGACACGUGGUUGGCACCAUCAAGCCAUCCGAGCAGCCUAGUGUGGCCAAUGUCUCCACUCAUAAGCCGUCCAUCUCCCGCACGAUCUCAUCUGGAGUGCUUGAGCAGGAGCGCCGACCCAUCGGCAUCCGGGCGUCCGAAUCAUACCGCAAGGCCCUCCUCCAAGCUGCUGGAACGGAUGCCGUUGCGAACGACAUUGCAGAUCUGGAGAAUGGAUCUAUGCUGCCUGCCGAGUCAGACUCGACUGCCGCAGCGAUCUCGUCUUCGCUGCCUCAAUCUUCAACGUUGUCUGGCAAGAUGGCAUCGUCUGCCUUGGACGGCGCUGAACGUUCAGGCAAUGAGCGCGUGCCCUCGCGCCACCAGCGAAUGGCAUCGGCCAACGAUGUCGGCACCCUCUCGUUCCGGCGAGCUGAUGUCAACCGAGCUUCGGAUGAAGGCGACGGCAUUCUUGGCCGUACCGGCAUCGAGAUUCUGGAGGGGCUCGACCGUGAGCGCAAACGCAACCACCGGCGCGGCUUCCUGCGUUCGCGCCAGCGUUCCAGCACUAUCUCGUCGAGCGACGCAGCUGUUCCGUCCCAAGGCCGAGCACAGGCGGGGCACAGAAUACGGCAGAGCUCGGAGGAUGCUGGCAGGGGAGCCGGAGAAGGAGGUUGGGACCUGGCAAGCUCGGUGAUGUCGGAUCCCGGCAUGCGCUUCGACGGCACGAGGCGCUGGCCGCGCUCGCAAUCGGCUACUCGACCAGCCGAGGGUAUGGUGGGAUCUCUGUACGACCUCCACAGCCAGGAUGAGGUGCUGUCAGAGGAGGAGGAAGAAGAGGAAGACGACGCCGAGUACAGCCGAGGCGACUCGGUCGGCGCGGCGUCUGGGCCUAGCAGUCCGACGUUCCGCAGGCAAGUGCCGACGAUCGAAUCGGUGCUACGGGCACACAGCGACAACACCAAGGGCAGUCCCGCGGCGACGCCGGAUGAAGGAGCUGGCGAGGGUCAGGGAGGAUCGUUUGUCCCUCACAUCCCCCAUCCGCGCUCAGUUGGUCGAACUGGCUACGAUGCGGACAACGCAGACAACGAUCACCGCUCCAAGGGCAAUCCGACCAAGCGGUUGGUCAAAGUGGUGGUGGAGAAGAUCUCGUCCGACACGAAACAGGCGUGGCUCAAGUGGAUCUGA